CAAGCAAAUUUGUUUUGAUUUUGUGUGAUAAAAUAAAGUCGGUGAAUUUUCUCCACAAAAAAUGAUUUUAUUAGGUAAACCAUUAGCCCGUAUCGGGCUAAAAAACUGGCAUUUAAGAAAAAACGUAACCACAUGGACCCCAUUGGCCACAGCCUUUAAUUCGCCGCCGUAUAAGAAAAUCAAUUUUACGAGAAAUGAAGCGGGUCUAUUCUGUAUGCCAGAGCUACGUAACCAUGAAGGUUUCUUUCUGCUCAAAGAUAAUGUGGCCAAUAAAACGGAUGAACUGAUACAGGAAGCAAUAUCGGGACAGCGAAAACGAAAGAUGGUGCAAAUUUUUGAUGAACUGUCGGAUUCGUUGUGUAAGGUAGCUGAUUUGUCGGAAUUUAUACGUAUAGCUCAUCCGCAAAGUAAAUAUGCUCAAGCAGCCGAAGAUGCCUGCAUUAGUAUAAGUGGCAUAGUGGAACAUUUGAAUACACACAAAGAACUCUAUAUGGCCUUGCGUAAGGUGGUGGAAAAAGGUGAUCUAUUAGAUACCACUGAUGUAGAUAAACAUGUGGCCAAAUUGUUUUUAUUCGAUUUCGAACAAUCCGGCAUUCAUUUGCAGGAUAAUGAACGCGAUAAGGUGGUGCGUUUGAAUGAUUAUAUUCUGCAACUGGGGCAGAAAUUUAUGCAUGGUGCCGUGCAACCUACUGCCUUCCCCAGAGGUCAAGUGCCAGACUCCAUUAAAACGUAUUUUCCAACCGAAGGCGAUCAUGUUUUAGUUUCUGGUCUCUAUACAAAUUCGGCAAAUCCUCAGGCUCGUGAAGCAGCCUAUAGGUUAUUCUUAUAUCCCUCCGAAAGACAAGAGGAACUUCUCAGUGAUAUGUUAAAAUGUCGUCAUGCUUUAGCUAAAACUUGUGGCUUUGAUACUUAUGCUCAUCGUGCUCUUAAUGCUAGUACAGUGGAAAAUCCUGAAAUGGUGCAACAGUUUAUCGAUGAGUUGACCUCCCAAUUACGUCCCAGAGCUGAUGCUGAUUUUCGUCUUAUGGAACAAAUGAAACGCAAAGAAAGUGGUAAUCCACAGGCUACUUUAUCGGCUUGGGAUACUCCCUACUUUACUUCGCUAAUGAAACGAAAUGCCUUAAAUGCCAGUGCCAAUGAGUUUUUGCCUUACUUUAGUUUGGGCGGUUGUAUGGAAGGUUUGGAUAAUCUUAUGCAAUCUCUAUAUGGUAUAUCACUGCAGAAUACUGAAAUGGAACCUGGAGAGUCUUGGCAUAAUGAUAUCUACAAACUGUCUGUGGUGCAUGAAAAAGAGGGUUUAUUGGGUUAUAUUUAUUGUGAUUUCUUCGAGCGUAACGGCAAACCCAACCAAGAUUGUCACUUUACCAUUCAAGGUGGUAAACGUAUGCCCGAUGGUUCCUAUCAACUGCCUAUAGUAGUGGUUAUGCUUAAUCUAUCACAGCCUCGCUGGACCGGCCCCACCUUACUCUCACCUUCUCGUGUCGAUAAUUUAUUCCAUGAAAUGGGUCAUGCUAUGCAUUCAAUGUUGGCCCGUACCGAAUACCAACAUGUUACAGGCACUCGCUGUUCCACAGAUUUUGCUGAAGUACCUUCGGUAUUAAUGGAAUACUUUGCAAGUGAUCCACGUGUUUUGCGUACAUUUGCCAAACAUUUUCAGACACACAAACCCAUGGAUGAGGAUAUGUUGCAGAGACUGUGUGCUUCGAAGAAUUUAUUCUCUGCUAGUGAAACACAAUUACAAGUGUUCUAUUCGGCCUUAGAUCAAAUAUAUCAUGGUGAUCCGGCGAAGCAAGGUGCAAAUACUACAGAUACUUUGCAAACUGUACAGAAAGAUUACUACAGUUUGCCAUAUGUGGAGCAUACGGCCUGGCAGUUAAGAUUUUCUCACUUGGUUGGCUAUGGUGCAAAGUACUACUCCUACUUAAUAUCGAAAACGAUAGCUUCCUGGAUAUGGCAAAACUAUUUCGAAAAGAAUCCCUUUAAUCGUGAAGCCGGAGAAAAAUAUCGUCAAGAAGUUUUAGCUCAUGGUGGUGGUAUACCUUCCCGUCAAUUAGUAGCAAAUUUCCUUAAAAAAGAUCUCACUCCUCAGAAUUUGGCACACAGCUUAAUACACGAGAUCGACGUCAACAACGAUAAAAUAAAAGAUAUGAUAAAAGUAGAUAAAUAAAU